GGGAAGCAGGACAAAGGUAGUGAGGGAGAGUAGUGUUGUUCUCUCUUUGGAGAAGACGCUAGCCAUGCCUGCCCCCGCCCCCUUGAGCAGCGCUUCCGCCAUGCUCCGCCAUCGGAUCCUCCCCGCCCUCCGAACUCGUGGUGGCGUAGCCUCUGGUCCCAGCCGUUGGACGGCCCCGGGCCACGAGGAACACCCCAAGGGUUACCUCUUCAAUCGUACCCCACCGCCCCCGGGUCAGUCCCGCAAAUGGGAAGAUUGGGAGCUUCCUUGCUAUAUUGCCAGUUUCAUAACGAUCGUCAUCCUUGGUGUCGGCCUUAACGCCAAGCCCGAUAUGACUAUUGAAAGUUGGGCGCACGAGAAGGCCCUCGAACGCCUCAAGAUGGAGAACCUUGGCCUCUCCAAUUCUGACUCCGGUGAAUCGGACUGAAACUCGAUCUGCACAACAGUAUAUUGGAUCCACUCCUUUGUCCAGUUUCUUGUGUUUGGUUAAUGGCACUCCCGGUUUGAUCGGCUCCCUUCUAGGGUUUGAUCUGUAGUUGAAUAAGGCUAUAAAUGUGGAAUUUGGGCUCCUGAUGUAGUCUGAUUACUGCAUACCUAGUUGUUAAUUCUGACUCUUAACAUGUUAAUUUUUGAGGCUGCUUAUAAUCAAGUUAAUUCUAUAUUUUAUGUUUUGAAUGUGGAUAAGACAUUAUAGACUCUCGCUGCUUUCUUGGCUCGAGUGAUAUUAUAUCUAAAGUUGCUAUGAUUCUUUGGUUCC